GAGCUGGUGCCACAAAGUGUGCAUAUAAAAAUAUUGUGCACAAUUUAAUAAUGAAAAUAAAUUGGAAAGUAUUUUAAAAUUGCAUGCUCUGUGUCCAUUUAUAAUGGAGUAUUUUUUUUUAUAUAACAUUCUUUAAAGGGACACUGUACCCAAAAAAAUUCUUCCAUGAUUCAGAUUGAGCAUUCAGAUAUGAACACACACUUUUUUUUUUUCUUUUUAUGAUUCAGAUAUAGAACAUGCAAAUCUAAACCACUUUCUAAUUUACUCCUAUUAUCAAUUUUUCUUCAGUCUCUUGGUAUCUUUAUUUAAAAAAGCAGGAAUGUAAGCUUAGGAACUGACCCAUUUUUAGUGGAUAGAUCUCAUUGAGCUGGUCAUUUGAAAAGUAGAUCCCAACACAAAAAAGUGUGGGCACCCCUGAUCUAGGGGAAUGUGACACAGUUGUUGAUAUGGAACCACUAUUUCAUUGAAAAUUAACUCUCAAGGUUCACUAAUAGAGUUGAUAGGGACUGGAAGAUUUUCUGAAAUAUACUCUUCGUGUUUUUUUCCAGCUCAAAGAAUAUAAAUAUCUGCAUAGGAUUCAUUCACAUAGCAUUUUAGGGAAUCAAGUACACGAUUUAUAAAAAAAAAUAUUGUGUGGUCACUAUGGGGCUCCGUAUCUAAUAAAUAUAUACAAGGGGUUAGCAUUGCAAGGGCAGUAACACUAUCAUAACAUUAUAUCAUUGUAUUUUAUAAGUCGCCAACAAUUAUACCUGAAUUAUAUUUGCAAUAUCUGGCCUGUGCUGUGGAACUCGCAGUCGCCAACAGGAAACAGCCAGUAAGCCAAAUGGCAGCAGCAGUAACAACUCCAACAAUCACUGGCUGCAGUAUUAUAAACAGCUCACAUGCAGAACUUUACCUAUGCGUUUAAGUCAUGCUGUUUGCUUCAAAUACUGCAUCUUCUGAGCUGAAUACAGCCAGUGAUUGGAAGGGUUGUGUGAUUACUGCUGCCAUUUUGCUCAACGGCUGUUUGGGACAAGCAGUUCUCUGCAGCUCCUAAGUGGGAUGCAAAUAUUUCAAUUAACACACAAAUACUUAUAUUUCCACGGUCUAAUGAAUUAUUAUUGAACGCUACAUUUGCAUAUAUUCUAGUGUCAUUUUACGAAUCCAUAUUGAGGUCAAAUAGCGAAUUACAGUCUUCACAUUGGGGGGAAAUGAUGUGACUAUUGUGCUAUUCCAAAGAAUCAAUCAAUGUGUUGUCACUUAAUUUAUGAUGGAAGAUUAUUACUACUUAGUUACUGGGAGCUUCCAGUCAGCCUGUAUUAGCCUGAGAUUUACGCAUGCGCAUACCCACAGGUCAGCUACUUCUGUACAGUGACGCCCCGCCCGCAUAUUUCCCUGACAUUCAAUACGUCGUCCAAUAUGGGGCGCACUGCGCAGCGCCAGCUUUAUGAGAAUGACGUUGUAUUGAAGGGCCGAGCGUUGUUCUUGCUGUUUCACCUGUUCUGUUUUACUGAUUUUUCUUUGUCGUAUUAUUUUAUUUUAAUGUGCGACUUCUGUGAAGUUGAUAUCCGUUGAUAUGAGCGAAACGGAAUUGACACCAUCCAAACUGGGCACAAAGGAACACUGGGAUGCAGUUUACAGUCGUGAACUUCAAACAUUCCAGGAAUAUGGUGAUGAGGGUGAGAUAUGGUUUGGAGAGGGUAGUAUGAAGCGGGUAGUGCGAUGGCUGACUACAUACAAGAAACCCCUUAAUUCAACAAUAUUGGAUAUUGGCACUGGAAAUGGCAUGUUGCUUGUGGAGCUGGCAAAGGCUGGUUACAAUAAUCUCACAGGAAUAGAUUAUUGCCCUGAUGCUAUAGCGCUUGCCAAAAGUAUAUGUGAAAAAGAAGGUGUGUCCCAAGAUAUAAUUUUCCAGGUCACAGACUUCCUGGCCACAUUCCAUCCUGCAGAGCAGUUUGACAUUUGUCUGGAUAAGGGGACAUAUGAUGCCGUGAGUUUAGACCCUAGUGGGGCAGAAGAAAAACGCAAGCAGUACGUACAGACGCUGUGCCGGACUUUGAAACCGCAUGGACUUUUUAUAAUCACUUCCUGCAACUGGACUAGAGAUGAACUGCUUUGCCAUUUUCAGGGAGAGCUUGACAUCCUAGAUGAAUUGCCUACACCAACCUUUAGCUUUGGAGGGAAUUCAGGACACAGUGUUACUGCCUUAGUUUUCCAAAGAAGAGCCAACGUUUAACCUGAGAGCUUUCCAUUCACUAGCCCCUUCAGACCACAACCAUGAUGUCAGCUAUUUAAUAAAUGUACACAACUCUU